UUGUAAAAAUAGUUGUAGAGGCAGCAUAUCAUGUCACACUGUUAGUUACUUACACUGUCAUUCCAACCUCUUGUGGAUUAAAACAAAUAAACUACGGGAAGUAAUUGUGACCUUGUUUUCUGUGUCUUUACCUGAUGCUUCAAAAGCCGAAGUGAGGACACAAUGCCGGUCUCUAGGGCAGCUGUGAAGGUGGUGCAUUUGGGGAGGAUUUCUUUCCGCGGUGCCUUGCAGGUCCAGCAGCAGCACAUAAAGCAGCAUCUGGAUUCGUGCAGCAGCAGCAGCCCAAACACUUUAUUACUGUGUGAACACGAGGCUGUGUACACCGUGGGCAUCAGACGUGCUCCUUACCCUCCUGAGGAGGAGCAGAGACUCCGAGCGCUGGGCGCAGGCUUCGUCCGCACCAACCGAGGAGGUCUAAUAACGUUUCACGGUCCUGGUCAGCUGGUGUGUUAUCCCGUCCUGAACCUGGUCUGCUUUAAGAAGAGCGUGAGAUGGUAUGUGUGUCAACUGGAAAGGACUGUGAUCAAGAUGUGCCGUAAAUUUAGGAUCGAAUCCUCCACUUCUCCGGAUACAGGUGUCUGGGUGGGCAACAACAAAAUCUGUGCAAUUGGUAUUCACUGUGGAAGAUACAUCACCUCCCAUGGACUGGCUCUUAACUGCAACACAGACUUGAGUUGGUUUGAUAACAUUGUGCCGUGUGGGAUUGUGGGUAAAGGUGUGACGUCACUGAGCCGAGAGCUGGGACGAGACGUCCCAACUGAGGAAGCCGUACCAAAACUGCUGGAAGCCUUUACUGAACAGUUUAACUGAACUUUAAU